AUGGCACAAUGUGGUAUACCAAGGUCCUGGUCGGAUGGAGGACGAUUUCACCAGACUCGCCAACAGCCGCAGAUUGGGCAGAGCAUCAGGUUUGGCAGUUUCAAUGACAGGCGACGAGCAAAAAUUCCGGAUCUCAAGCGGUGGGACGGUGCCUCUAGGACUUCCCAACUGUGGGAUUGUCUAGGGAAAAGAGACCCGGAACUAUGGCAUCGCAAGGGCAAUUGCCUGAUAUAUCUGUAUGGACGUGGCCAGUCGAAUCGGAGCCCUUCGUUCAAAGUACCCUUCAACACCCUGCUCGCAACGCAGUGCCAGCCCCUGAUCGCAAGAUAUAUCAGACGAGAUAUCCCAGAAACACUGGGCACCGAAGCCAGCCAGAUCGAGCUCUACAUUCCUGCUCCUCCUGCGGCUACUGAAGAAGAGGCCAUGCGUCAUUACCUGGACAUCCGCAAUUUCUUUGCCUGGGUUUUUCGUAGAUCAAUGGUAGGGGAUCAUCUCGGAGCAACACUCAUUCGUCUCUUACACACCAUGACUGAGCUCCGAUGUCUCGGGCUAAACAAUGCGGAAGACCUGUUGAAUUACGCCGACGAAGAAGGCUAUCUGGAGAUGUGUAAUCAACCAGCACAUGCCUUGGGUGUACUUCACUUUGCGGAGUACUGUCAAGAUCGCAGGCUUUAUAUUGAGGCUUUCACCCACUGUACCGGAAUGGUCGACGAGUUAUACAUUGUCCCCGAAUAUCAGGCAAGCGACGCUCCCAAUCAUUUGGAUUCCUUUGACCGUACGCUAACUAAUCGUUUAGGUCAUUACUUCCGCUACUCGAAGGCUGCUCCGCCAAGCAAAGGCUGA